UCCUCCUCCUCCUCCUCCUCCUCCUCCUCCUCCUCCUCCUCCUCCUCCUCCUCCUCCUCCUCCUCCUCCUCCUCCUCCUCCUCCUCCUCCUCCUCCUCCUCCUCCUCCUCCUCCUCCUCCUCCUCCUCCUCCUCCUCCUCCUCCUCCUCCUCCUCCUCCUCCUCCUCCUCCUCCUCCUCCUCCUCCUCCUCCUCCUCCUCCUCCUCCUCCUCCUCCUCCUCCUCCUCCUCCUCCUCCUCCUCCUCCUCCUCCUCCUCCUCCUCCUCCUCCUCCUCCUCCUCCUCCUCCUCCUCCUCCUCCUCCUCCUCCUCCUCCUCCUCCUCCUCCUCCUCCUCCUCCUCCUCCUCCUCCUCCUCCUCCUCCUCCUCCUCCUCCUCCUCCUCCUCCUCCUCCUCCUCCUCCUCCUCCUCCUCCUCCUCCUCCUCCUCCUCCUCCUCCUCCUCCUCCUCCUCCUCCUCCUCCUCCUCCUCCUCCUCCUCCUCCUCCUCCUCCUCCUCCUCCUCCUCCUCCUCCUCCUCCUCCUCCUCCUCCUCCUCCUCCUCCUCCUCCUCCUCCUCCUCCUCCUCCUCCUCCUCCUCCUCCUCCUCCUCCUCCUCCUCCUCCUCCUCCUCCUCCUCCUCCUCCUCCUCCUCCUCCUCCUCCUCCUCCUCCUCCUCCUCCUCCUCCUCCUCCUCCUCCUCCUCCUCCUCCUCCUCCUCCUCCUCCUCCUCCUCCUCCUCCUCCUCCUCCUCCUCCUCCUCCUCCUCCUCCUCCUCCUCCUCCUCCUCCUCCUCCUCCUCCUCCUCCUCCUCCUCCUCCUCCUCCUCCUCCUCCUCCUCCUCCUCCUCCUCCUCCUCCUCCUCCUCCUCCUCCUCCUCCUCCUCCUCCUCCUCCUCCUCCUCCUCCUCCUCCUCCUCCUCCUCCUCCUCCUCCUCCUCCUCCUCCUCCUCCUCCUCCUCCUCCUCCUCCUCCUCCUCCUCCUCCUCCUCCUCCUCCUCCUCCUCCUCCUCCUCCUCCUCCUCCUCCUCCUCCUCCUCCUCCUCCUCCUCCUCCUCCUCCUCCUCCUCCUCCUCCUCCUCCUCCUCCUCCUCCUCCUCCUCCUCCUCCUCCUCCUCCUCCUCCUCCUCCUCCUCCUCCUCCUCCUCCUCCUCCUCCUCCUCCUCCUCCUCCUCCUCCUCCUCCUCCUCC